GUCUUGCAUAUCAAGAAAAAUGCAUCUCGAAUUCACGGCCAACGCCUUGCGGCUCUUAGCCCCGUGCACGGGCUCCGUGGCACUCUUGGAUAACCAUCAAAUGAUUUACAUUUCGGGCCGAGUGGUCGUCAUCUACAACUGGAUGAAUCAAACCCAAACAUUUUUGCCACCUCGCAACAGUUCAAUGGCCACAGCAGCAUUUGCCCUCAGCCCUGAUUCACAAGUGAUGGCAACGCUAGAAGUUGGGCCAAAGAGUAAUUUAGUGGUUUACGAAAUGAUGCCAACCCGCCGACGAAAAGCCAUUGCGGUUCACGUAGCGUCGCAACAUCAUGAAGAAGCCGUAGCAUUGGCUUUCUCUGGCGAUGCUAAAUUACUUGCUGCUUUGCUGCCUGAGCAACUGCAGAAGGAGCACAGCCAUGCCACAGCUGAUCCACCCAUUUCUACUCUAAAUGUUACCAACACCACUAGUCCCACAGCGCGGCAUCAAAGCUACUCGAUCACGGUCUACCUGUGGCGUACGGGCAAAACUUUGGCCUCGAUCAGCCUUGGAUCGCCCAGUCUUCCUGCAAUUAGCCCACAAUUGUCGUUCAACCCUAUGGACGUGCAUUCCAUGGUAGUCGUCUACGGUGGGGCACUACGUUUCUAUCGGCUCACUCCUGACGGAAUCGAAAGUGGGAUGAAGCCAAAAUUAAGUGGGCAUAUUAUCACUUGCCACUCUUGGAUUUCGACUUCACGGAUGGCACUGGGUACUAAAGCUGGUCAAAUUUUGAUUAUAGAAGAAUCGGAUAUUGUGACUCAGAUCCCACUGGAUGCGAACGAUCCCCGAGCGGGCCGUGUUCAACACCGCGACAGAGUGGACAGCGCCAAAAGGGAAUGUGAAACUGGACAACAAAUGAUCAGUGCCAUUUGUCCCAUCGGACUAAAUCAAAUAUGCCAUUUGACUGGCUUCAAUCUUUUGACCGUCAGUGAGGCACGUGAUAGCAAGGGGACGGUUUAUCAUACUGCAGCUGUUUUAUCCCCGGACGAACCGGGUGGAGCUAGCAGUUCCUCAACCAGUGACGACACAAUGGACGUUGGCCGCAGCUGUUCCAUUAGCGAACCAACUUCUAGCCUUUUUGACAACGGAAGAUGUUCCCUAAGUGCCCUAGCACGGCACGGAAAGAAGUUCGUCGCUGUUGCAUUGCGCGGGCAGAUAUGGUUUGCAGAGUUAAGCCACCAUCCAUCAUCAGAGAGUGAUCCAGUAAAAAUGGAGAACAUUAUCAGCUUAGCACAUAGUGGAGAAAUCCGGUCGUUAUCGACAGCCGUCUGGCGUCCAUAUGCCAUAUCCGUUGGCCAAGAUCGAUUUCUUUUCUUGUGGAACGUGGCUGCAGAACAGAUCCAGUUCCGUAAACACCUGGACGAAGACAUUCUUUGUGCGAGCCUGCACCCCAUGGGCCAUUAUGUGGCAAUCACCACAUCCGACUCACUCCAAGUUUUCUCUGUGUUGGUAGACCGCUUCCAUUUAGUACGGGAAGUAAUAUUGGCAGGCUGUCGCAAGUUGGCCUUUAAUUCGGGUGGCAAUUGCAUCGCAGUUACUCGCGGCUCAACGUUACAGUUGAUCAAUUUUAUCACUUUCGAAACCUCGUCGCCUCUUAUGGCACACAAAGGAGAAAUCAAUCAAAUUAUAUGGAGUGAAGAUGGUCAGCGGAUUUAUUCUUGUGGAGCUGAUGGUCUACUUUGCGUAUGGGACUCAUCCAGUCAUGAAGUACUUAUGCAGGUCAAACCCAACGGCAACAGUUUGAUAGACCUGGCUGCUAUUUCCAAUGGUCAUCUCAUUGUCGCUUCUGUCGACGGAGAAGUUGUGGAAGUCGCAGGAGAUGGACAGAUAGUCUGUCGUCUCCGCGCUUCAGAAUUAUCAGCCACCUCACUCUUUUAUCUGUCUCGAGAACAAAUUAUUCUUGUGGGUACACGCAUGGGUGGUUUGCGAGCCUAUAAAUAUCCAAUCACCACCCGAUCGGAUUAUCAAGAGCAUUUCACUCAGUAUGGAGCCAUUACUCAGAUUUCUGAAACGACUUUGGAACUUGAUGGCCAAAUGUUGAUGAGCUGCUGUGAGGAUGGUUCGAUCUGUCUGUGGCGAUUGGGUGAUGAAAGCACUACGGCAACUCAACCUAUACAUUCUUCUAGCCGCAAACGGCUAGAAGAGAGCGAGCUUAACCUUGAGUGCCUAGUCUUGCGUUCUGAUUGGGAAGACCGUGGCAAGAAGCUAGACAAUGUGAUCCGCCAGCUUGAUGAAGUCAAGCAUCAGACGGAGUUGCAGAUUAAAGCUAUUGAACAAGAAUGCAGUCAAAAAACCUAUGCGGCAGAAAGUCGCCAUCACGAUCAAUUCGAUCGAGCUAUUGAUAAAAUCCAAGAAUUGGAAAAAAAAUUAGCGCAACAAUUGGAACAGAGCCAUCAGCAAAUGAUGCAGUUGCGACUCGAGGGGGAUAAUGAACGACGCCGGCUCGAAGAAGCCCAUCAUUCCAAAUUAGCUGCCGAGUAUCGUCACCAUCACACACUCGAGUCCACAAUAGAGCAGCUGAAAAUUGAUCAUGCCAAAGAAAUGGACUUGAUGGAGGUUCGAUUAGCAGAGGAACAAAACCAGCGUGAAGCUCGUUUACGUGAAGAAUUUGACACAACUCUCAGAACAUCGGAUGAUGAAAAAGCUCAAUUAAAGAAGAAAGUAACCGGAUUGGAAGCGGCGCUGAAGUUGGCAACAGAAAAAUUUGAAUCGGAUCAAAAGUCGUUUCAAACUCGCCAUGAGAUGCAGUUAAGCGCCGAAAAACAAAUCAAUCUCAAACUGAGAGGAGAAACAGCUAUCCUAAAGAAAUCUGUCAACGGGUUGCAAAAAGAAGUAGAGAGUCUCCGGCUAAAUUGCCUUGGUCAGCAGUCAGAAGCCACGCGUUUAACAACAUGUUUGACUUCCGUCCGCCAGGAGACUAAGGACCUUCAGGAUGAAUUAGAACGGAGAGACAAUAUAAUCAAAGCAAAGGAUGACAAGUUACAGAAACUUGUCUUGCAAAUGCAGCAGCACGAUAAAUUACAAGUCGAAUUAAAGCAGCAGUUAGCGGAUGUUAAGAAAAAAUUGUUAGAAGGCCAAACAGAGAUCGUCAAGCUCCAUUGCAAAUUACAAGAGGCUGUUACUGGAUCCAAGUCAGCCCAGACAGAAAUUGAACAGCUAAGAAGAACGGCUGAACAAAUGCAAGGGAAAGCCAAGAGCCAACUAGGUGAAUUGCAGAGCUUACGCCAGAAGUUUCAAUGCCAACAAGGUCGCCUGCAAGAAAUCUUGGUUUGUCUUGACGUAGGGAUGAGUUACCUGCAUGAUGCGAGACAACUGAAGGAUUAUUUUGCGGCAAUUCACGAUGUCUACUGCGAUAAGGAGCAAUUUGGAAACUCAUCUCAUCGAAGCUCGGCGUCAUCAACCACUCCGUCGUCUAGCGAGUGCAAUUUACUUAAAAAAGUUGAAUCGUUAGAAAACACGAUAGCCUCCCUACGGCACCAAUUAUCCGAAACCAUUAAACUAAGCGAGAUAAAACAGGAGAAACUUCGAAAGGUAAAUGUGUACAGGAUAACAACCUUCUGCUGAAUGAGUUGGAGAACACUAGGAAAAAAAUAUCCACUAUUCAUGAAAAAGAAGCACAUGUGUCAUAGAUCUUAGUGUCUAAUUUGGGUGUAUCGAGACUGAUGGAGAUGAAAACCCAAGCUUUUUGUUCCUGUGACUUACUGGUUAUUGUAUGUUUAUAAUGGUUAUUGCUUUUAGCACAUUAUCAUACUGGGUGAGUUUUAAAUUAUACUAAAGUUGGUAACCAUUCAACAUCUAUUUACCAAGAUUUUGUCUAACUGAUAACUUGCCAACGAGCUAUCAAAAUUGUCGAGAACAAUUAUAUUUAAUGACUUUGAUAAUCAAACCUGAAACAAGGCCGCUCUCCGAUCCCGCUACGAAGUGUACGGCUGUUAAACGGUGCAUAUACUUCACGAGUGUCAUGGUAAAUGUUAUCUUUAAGAAAGCGCGAAAACUGUUAUUUCUAAAACGGUUUUGUUACCACAGUUUAAACUUUCUUCCAUAAAUUUUGUUAAGAUAGUUCAUUAUUCCAAGCCUGUGUCUAAGGCAUUUCUUUUAUGUUAUGGUGUGGGGUCAAACAAAUUUCAAUCCGUUCGUUACUUGUUGUUUGCUGAAUGUUAACCAUAGUUGCUUCAGGUUGUACAUCGUGCAAUUUUUAAUGAAAGCUCUGGAAGUUGA